AUGCCUCCCAUGGCACCCGCAUUCUCCAUAUGCUCCCUAUGCAUAUCUGCACUAGGGCGCCGUCCCGUCCCUCGGGCCAUCGCGCAGCAGCCAUGCCUCGGUCAGCGUUUCCUGUCGCGGCCGCCCAGGUCCAGGCCGUCGCGCAUGGUUCUCUCCGACCAGGUCCAUCGGGCCCCGACGUCUCGCGACGACCGCCGCUCGCGACAGAGGUCGGUUGACGGGCCCUUUGCCGGCAUGAACCGAAGGGUCGCCAACGUGGAACCGAGGCGGGAGCGAAAGACGGCCGACGCGGCUCCCGGCGGCAGACAGCGAGACCCGCGCAAGGACCGCGCUCGCGGCCCCAAGGACGACAGGAAGGCUCUCAAGAUGCAGCGCGCGCUGGCCACCGUGUCCUACAACAGACGCUCGUCCAUCAAGGAACGCCUGUCGCAGUUUGAGUCCUUCGACCAGUUCGACCUCCUGCCGGCCCUGAAGACGGCCGUGUCCGAGGAGCUGUUCAAGGGCAUGGUCGACAUCCGCCCGACGCCGGUCCAGCGGCUGGCGAUACCCGCGCUGCUCGGUCAAUCGAGCCCCGAAGAACACAAGAAGCGCAGCGAACAGCUCGAGUCCUUCCUGCUGGCCGCCGAAACGGGUUCCGGCAAGACUCUGGCCUACCUCCUGCCUGCCGUCGACGCUCUCAAGAUUGCCGAGGCUGAGGACCCGGACGUCAAGGCGUACAGAGAACGGCAAGAGGUCGAAAAGAAGCGACAGGAAGACCAAAACUUUAAGGGAAAGCCUUUCGAGGAGCCUCAUCCCACCAUGGCCCGGCCAAAGGUGGUUGUCCUCGUGCCGACUGCUGAGCUGGCUCAGCAAGUCAUGCGCGUGUCCAAAUCGCUGUCGCACGUGGCCAAGUUCAAGACGGAGAUGCUCUCGUCCGACCUCAAGGCACAGCAGAUUCAGAGGAACCUGUACGGUCCCAAGGGAGUCGAUGUUGUCGUCGCCACGCCGCAUCUUCUCGCCUCCAUCGCCGACUCGGAUCCCAACAUCCUCUCCCGAGUGCACAGCCUCAUUGUCGACGAAGCCGACUCCUUGCUUGACCGGAGCUUCGCGCCCGUCACGACAAGCAUCAUCGAGCGGGCCAUGCCGUCGCUCAAGAAGCUCGUCUGCUGCUCGGCUACCAUUCCUCGCAAACUCAACAACUACCUUGCCACCAACUACCCCAACAUGGUAAGAAUCACGACGCCCAACCUUCACGCCAUUCCGCGUCGCGUACAGCUCGGUGUCAUCGACGUAUCCCGCGACCCGUACCGUAACAACAAGGAUCUAGCCUGUGCCGAUACCAUUUACAGCAUCGGGCGAGAGGCGUCGGCACACGAGGGGCCCGUCAAAGGCGAGAUCGAUGUUCGACGGGUCAUGGUGUUUGUCAACGAGCGCGAGAAGACGGAGGAGGUGGCCGAGUACCUGCGCUCCAAGGGCAUCGACGCGCAAGCUUUGCAUAGAGACACGCCGGAGAAGCGCCACGGCGAGAUCCUCGAGACAUUUACGACAUCCGAGGCGUUGCGCAUCCCGGCGCCCGACACGACAGGUCGAAAGCGCUCGCUGGCAAACGUCAAGGCGCUGGUCGUGACAGACUUGGCGUCGAGAGGCAUCGAUACCCUGGCCGUUCGGCACGUCAUUCUCUACGAUGUUCCUCACACCACCAUCGACUUCAUCCACCGCCUGGGUCGCGCGGGGCGCAUGGGCAGGCGAGGGCGGGGCAUCGUGCUGGUCGGCAACGACGACAGGAAGGACGUUGUCGCCGAGGUCAAGAGGAGUAUGUUUAUGGGCCAGGCACUCAUCUAG